GUAAGCACUGCUCCCGGUGUGAAGAGAAAGUAGAUUAUUUAGCCAUAAUAACAGAGAAAAGAUCUCACCGCAGAAGGAAAGAAAUCUGGAACAAGGAACCAAGGUAUAGUUUUGCGAGCUCAUCCUUUCACAUAAAUAUCAAGGUAAAACAAGAUGCCAGCCAACGAGAGUGCUUGGUGGAUAAGGCUUCUUCCUUGUAAGAAAAAGAAACCAUUUCUGUCUUUGGCGAUGAUCUUGGCCAUUCUAUGUAAAGGAAUCAGAAGUCAAGGAGCAAAGAAUUAUAGUAUCACUGUGCCUUCUUCUGUCUUCGUGCAACAUGGUCUCGCUGUUCAUAUUCCGUGCCAGUUCACUUAUAAAAGGGAACACCUGCGGCAAGGCAGUAUAUCUGCUUACUGGAUUAAAUCUCAGUCACAAUUAGCCCCCUGUUCUCCAUCGGUUUAUCAAACCUGCAGGCCUGUAGCCACCAAUGACGAAAAGCAAACAGUCAAACAUUCGGCCAAGGAUCGCUUCUAUUUAUUAGGAGAUUCAAUUAAAGGAAAUUGCUCACUUGUCAUCACGGAGGCUCAAAUAGAAGAUGAAGGACAAUACUACUUGAGAAUUGAGGGAACAGGUGAUUUAAAAUUUUCUUUUGUCCCAAACAUGGGACAUACUUCACCUUAUGUUUGGGUGAUAGAACCACCCCAGAAAAUCAAUAUCACAGUAAACACGAUGGACUCAGGACACCAUGGCUCAUCAGAAUGGCAAAGGAAAGAGGGAUCGAACCGUGUGAUGGCCCAGGAAGGAAGCACUGUCACCCUAUUCUGUACUGCUGAUGGUAGACCAGCUCCCACCCUAUCCUGGAUGAAGGGGAACGAGAAAAUUGGUCAAGCCAAGGAUCCCCUUCAACUGAGUGGUCAAGCCAAGGAUCACCUUCAACUGAGUGAAAUUGGACCAGAGGAUGCUGGAAAAUAUCAGUGCCUGGCAAAUAAUGAGUACGGAUCAGUCCAGACGAUGAUUGAAGUGAUUGUCCAGUAUCGUCCAAGGAUGCUGAUUUUCAAGACCUCCCAAACUCACAGGAGAGGCUCCAUACUCACACAAGGUUGCUCCGGGGAACUGGCCAAUGGCUCUGAGUUGACAGCCCAAGAAGGUGACUCGCUGGAGCUAUUCUGCAAAGCAGAUAGCAAUCCUCCAGCCACAGCUAGUUGGAUGAAAGGCGACAGCCACUUGCAGGACACUCCAGAAAACCAGUUGAGACUGACCAAUCUGACAGUUGAAGAUGAAGGUGUAUAUAUGUGCAAAGUCACAAACUCGAUUGGCUUUGUUAACGGGACGUUCCGGCUCUACGUGACAUAUGCCCCCAAAGUCAGCAGAAGCCCCCAGAAAAAUACAACAUGUUAUUAUCACGACAACGGCUUCCUGUGUAGCUGUACCCUGCAUGCUAAACCACCUUCCCAGAUCGAGUGGGAAGUGGAUGGGGAGAGGAUAACCAGGAGAAAAGAAAACUGCAUAGUCCAAGCUUCAAUCCAGAAGAAUGAGGUCACCAGUACCUUAAACUGGACUGGCAGCCUGGACAGAGCUCAUAAUAUUAUCUGCAUAGGGAGCAAUUCUUAUGGAAUCCAAACCAUGCAAUUCCAGUUGAGCGCCAAGACAGGCCCAACUUCAGAAUCGUCCACAGAAAGAUCUAAUCAGACUUUGUUCAUUGCCGGGCUCUGUGGAAUUUUUCUGGGAGCUGGAAUCUUCAUGGUAUGUUUAUUCCUGAUCAGGAUUUUUAAGCAGAAGAAAGCAUUGUCCAAAGCUGGUCAUGUCGAAGGAACCUCUUCUGAAAGAGAACCUCAUGAGAAACCCAAGUAUUCCAGCCAAAUCUACAGCAACGUUUUCCCAAUGGGUCUGAGAUUAUCCCCGGUCGAUAAGCCCACUGUUCCAAGCCCAAGGAGAAUAGACCCAGAUGAAUUGCAGUAUGCUGCCCUAGAGUUCAAGCCGAAAAAUAAAGGCGUUCCAGUCUUAAGAAAUGACAAUGUGGAAUAUUCAACAGUCCAAAUAAAAUAAAAGUCCUUGGAAGUGAGCGUCGGCUUUUGAGGAAGCAGGAGAGAAAGAGGAUUGACGUUUUUGAACUUUGGUGCUGGACUCCUGAAGAUACCGUGGAUAGCCAAGAAAUAAAGCAUCAAACAAAUCAGCUCAGAGUCAUCAUGCAAGGC